AUUGGUGUUACUUCUUCCAAUACUUCAGCACGUUUAUAAGGCUACCUCCUAGGAAUCAUCUUUUCCAUUGGGAAUCAAGUCUUCCAAAAAAAAAUACUAGCGCAUACAUAAUGCAUGAGAUUUCACAUUGUUAUACGGCCAGAGUGAAUGCAAGACCUUUCACUAGAGCAUUUUCAAACCAGCCAAUGUCUUUGAAUGCUCAAAAAACCUCAUGCUUUAACUUCUAUCGAAAUUUUUGUCAGGAAAAACAUCUAACGCACAUUGACAAUACGGGAAAAGCUCUUAUGGUAGAUGUUUCAGAAAAGCGUAUUUCUUUUCGUACAGCCAAAGCACAAGCUUUUGUUAAAGUUGGAGAAACAAUAACAGAUCUCAUUGAGAAAAAUUGUUUGAAGAAAGGAGAUGUACUUACAGUUGCUCAGAUAGCAGGAAUUAUGGGUGCGAAGAAAACCAGCGAACUCAUUCCAUUGUGUCAUAACAUUCCUCUCUCCAAAGUUGAUGUGAAUAUUAGAUUAGACAAAGGCAUACAUUCUGUUAUUAUAACAGCUACAGUACAUUGUCACGGAAAAACUGGAGUUGAAAUGGAAGCUUUAACAGCAGCUACAAUAUCUGCUUUAACUGUUUAUGAUAUGUGUAAAGCAGUCAGUCAUGACAUAGUUAUUUCAGAAGUUCUUUUGAUGGAAAAAACAGGAGGAAAAAGUGGAGACUUUCAAAGAUAAUAGGCUUAUUCAUGGGAGAAGAGAAAAGGAUUGAAAAAGAUAAAUAAUUAAUAUUAAUUGUUUGCAGAUAAAAAUGACAGUUCUCAGUUUUACAUUCUUAACUAUUUUUGGAACUUUCUUUGACGCUCAAAAACAAAAUCCCAAUCUUCCUCAAGCUAAGAGAUCCACCUCCCAUUAUUUUUGGUAAAUAAUCUUAAACCCGAAAUAAUCGUUAUGUCUGGGGUAUCUUACUUCUUUUUUAUCUUUACUCCUUUUGUUUGCAUUUUUCGUUUUUGCUAUGAGUAGAACUAAUAAUGCCUUAAUACCACCAUCCUUGGAGUAUAAAGUACAUAUAAUUAAUAUUAAACAUUAAUACCAUAUUCACCUGAAUAUAAGUUGAUUAUUUUUCUCAGUUUUUAUCCUCUUAAAUUCAUGUAGACUAUAUAAAUAAUAUGGUCAUGUAACAUUACAAUAUAGAUAUGUUUUUUAAUUUUAUUUGUUGGGAACUAAUUUCUUAUAAAAACUUGGGUCAUCUUUUGUUUGAGCAAAUUUUUAGGGACUAAGCAAAAAAUGACAACAAAUAGAAUUGUCAUUAAGAAAAAAGUUUAAGUAACAUUCAAGAAACCAUAAUAGAUUUAUAGAGAAUUAGGAAGGUAAAGAGAGGUCACCUGAACAGCAGCAAAUGGUCACAAAUUACUCUAUAAGACUUUAAAUGUUCAUGUUCCUUGAAAUGUGCCCAGAAUAUUCUUGUAUCUGAUAUCUUGUAGAGAUUUUUGAGUUUACUACACCACCUCUGCUUUUCCUGGUAGCAAAUACUGUGAUGUUCUGAAUGGCCCUCCAUGUGGUAUGGUUAAUGGAUAUAGGUAUUGUAGAAUAUAAUAUCGAACUUGGAUUACUUGGAUUUUACCAUUAGCUGAUUAUUGUUCUCCCUUUUGUUCUAUUUAACAAUGCAGUCCAUUGCAGUCACUGAGAAUAAUAAUUAACGAUAAAAAUGUCAGGAAUACAAAUUAAUGGGUGAGUGGAAAAACAAUACCUACUAGUCCAAAAUUGCUUGUGUGUUUUUGGGUUGUUGUAAUUAGCGCAGAAAGCAUGGAACUAUGUUGAAUCUGAAAACAUUUCAAUAUGAGGUCAUUUUGAAAUCAGGCAGUUCCUACUCUUUGAUGGAUGAAAGAACAGUCCUGGACGUCUACUGCUCUUCCACUCAGAAUUUCAGACACCUGAUGACUCGGGCUGCUGGCACAUUUGUAUUUUCCACUAGUAUGGGGCUGAUGUAAUUUACUUGUUUAAUUACUGAUCGACAGUGUGCUUCUAAUGAACUGAAGAGUGAGAGGUGAGGGGAACAAUAGCAAAGAGUAUUUUUGUUAUUUUACAUUGAAAGAAUGUGUUCAGUCAAGUUUGUAAACAAGCAUUCACAAACUUAAAUGGAAUAUCACAUAUUCAGCUACAAUGACUGUGAGGAACUAUUUUAUCAGAUCUAUCACUAAAAGGAGGAAGAGGAAAGUGGAAAGCAUAAGAACAAGACCUCAUGUACGAAAACCUAGUUAAAUAUAUAAUAAAAUAUUGUAUUAGAUAAAAGAACACAGAAUCCUUUCCAAACAAAAUUGCGCACUUCUCAUGAGAUUCUGUGAAGUUUAUGCAAAAUGAAUUGUACUUUGAAACACAGUCUGUUCACAAAAAAUAUCUUGAAAAGGAAAAGGUAAUAAUAUAUGAGCUCUACUUGAAAUUUGGAUGGCCCCAAGUUAUAUUACUUAAAUGCACUCAUACAACAAUAAAAUGUGGUAUUUUCAUGGUAGAUUGUUAUUUUAUAAAUUUGUUUAAUAAAACUUUGUUCUGAUGAAAAACAGUACAAGUCCACAGUUUGUUUAAAUUAUAACACUUUAUUAAUAAGGUUUUUAUUGGAAUUAUUCCUCAGAACAUAUUCAUGAGACUUGAUAAAACAUUCUGGAGUAAGAAGCUCAACAGUUUUUUGUCUUAUCUAAUCAAAGGUUAUAACUUAAAUUACUUCAGAACGAACUUUCUGAACUAGUACUGUCUUUCCCCUCGCCCAUUAAAAUAUAUUUGCUGCCAGAAACCAAUGAAAUAUUCCAAGGCAUGCAAAAGUAGCCAUUGUUUAGGGAAAGCUAGACUACUUUUAGUUGCUAAUUGUCACACAUUAUCAAUAUAAAUGUUCUGAAAAAAAUUGUGAGGCACUUAAUCCUUACCUUUGUUUAGAAAAGUUUUUCAUGGAUGACAAUUCAGUGGUGUUCUAUUCCUCAGCCAUGUGGGCAAUAUGGACUUCAAUGAGGACAAAUAUAAGUUAGAGCAGCACUUGAAUAAUUUGAAUAAGUGUGUCAAAACAAUGGUGCAUUUGAAACGUGUAGCUUUCAACAUAUAUGUUAAGUCUCAGUCAGUUUCAUGUACAAUACAGGCCUUUGUAUAAUGAGCAUAAAUUAUUACUACAGCCAUUACAUUAAAGAGAAGUUGGAUACCUACGACACACUCUGAUGCUAAUGCAUUAUUUGCGAUCUUUUCAUUUCAAUUAUCCUCAGAAUAAAGGAUAACUGAAAUGAAACAUCAAGAAUUUGUGGGGGUAGUUUCAUGCAACUUUUGUCCAUGGAAGUAACAAUGAGAUGUAUAUGUAUUAUUCAUUAUUUGUAUUUUUUAAACUAAUUUACACUUGUUAUGUGUUGCACAAAAAACUACGUUAAUUUGUACCACCUCAUGUGAUAUUGGUUUGUUUUUGAAAAUUUAUUUCACUUCCAUAAUAGUUAUUUUUAUAUUAGGAUGAGAGCCCAAGGACUUAUCUCCCUAGGCCAAAUGUUAAUGUGAACUUAUAACCUUUGAAUUUCUAACUUGCAACAGUUAUUCUAGAUUUUUUUUAAUUUUAUAAAAUCACUCAUUGUCAUCCAAAUUAACAAUUCAUGUGUUUUCAGAACAUGAAAGAAGUAGUAAUUGACAGUUUUAAAGAAGGAUUUUCAUAAUGUUAAUUUGGAAUACAAUUAAUUAAAAUCGAGGAAUUUAGAGUGGUGAUUCUCAUCAUGUUACAUUUUUUAAAAUUUGUUCUAAUUUACUACUUAUGUAAGACUUUGAGGAAAAGUCUGCUACAAUAUCAUUUCUCACCAAUGAUGCUUAGUUUCUGGAUGAGCCAUACCUUGUGUGCGUAGCCUAAUGAAUCAUAGUAUACUAUCUAUAGAUUCCACAAGAUAUGAACAAGAGAACACACUACAAAAUCACGUCAAAUAUUAGCCUCAUAUAAUUAUUGUAAUAAGAAAAUUAUAUACAGUUCAAUGACAUUUCACUCACUUGGAACUAAAAUAUGACUGUCAUCUUCUAAAUCUCCUGAGAAUCACAAUCAAUGCCAGAAAAGUAUUGAAAAAUCAAUAUUGUUCUGUAUCAACACUUGUAGUGUUUCUAAUUCUUUGCUCGCACAAAUAUUAUCACCAUACAUCUGCACAAUUGUGCCUGCUAAAGAGACAGGCAUCCUUUCAAGUAUUUUGUUUGUACUUUCAUAUAUUCACCUUUCACUUUAGUAUUUGCUUUCCAUUAUGGCAAGCUUCCAAUCAGAAUCGUGACGAAGCAGAAUAUGUUGUUCUCCCACUUCCUGAAGUACUACCUGUUGCAUUUCCAGGAACAAUGUUUGAAACACCUUUACUUGUUUCUUCAUGUGAUUUCACAGUUAGUGUGUUUCUGGGUCCAGUUCGCCAUGUGUUACUCUUUUCAUCAACAACUGCUGCUUCCACUAUAAUUAAAUAUUGACCACCAGUAGGAAAAGCUAACAAGAACUGGGCAGAAAAGAAAUCUCGAUGUGGUGGCACUGUCUGAGUCAAUACUGAUCCGACAUCAUUGACAUUCUGAAAAGAAAAGUAGAAAACAAUUGUCCUUGUGAGAAACAUACCAUGCAGGGCAGAGAACAAGUGAAAAAAUGAACUUUUACGAAUAUGCAACCAAAAACUUUUCCGAUGUAAGCUACAGAUCCAAAAUAUAAUCUUGUCAAGCGAUCAAAAUUAAUGCAGAAAAACAGCAUAAUAAUAAUUCUAAUAUUAAAGUUAACAAAUAUUCUUGUCUAAUUAAGUGCCUUUUAAAUGUGAUAAAGCAAAAUGUAAAGUAGCUUUAUUCUUGCCUUCUUUCAUGUUCAUAUUAUUAAAACAUUUUUUUUAGAAAACUCAUUUACUGAAAAAUAAAUAAACAGAUAAAUAUUUUCAAAAAAUUUCUAAAUUGUCAAAUUUUGAUAAUAAUUAACAAUUAAAAAGGCUUUGGUAAGCUUCAUAUUUGAUUUAAGUAGAUUUGAUUUUCAAAUUGAUCUUGCAUAAAGGGCUAUUGUAAAGAGAGAGCAGAUAGAGCGAGAAAUCACAAAAAAAUUUCAAGCACAUAAUAAAUGUAUGUAAUUAUUUUUAAAUGUACACACUGAAAAAGCUUGUGCACCUUAAAAAGGAAUUUGAAAAUUUUAUAUUUACAUAUGAUUGUAAGAAUUUUACUAAAUCAUUGUAUGUUGAAAUGAAUUAUGAAACACAAAGAGCAUAUGCCAAUUAUGCACUGAAAGAUGUUAUACCAUGUAUCAAAUGUCUGUCACUCUUGCAUUUUAAUAAAAAUGCUUGGGGUAUUACUUGGCAUGCAGAGUACCUGAUGUACAUUUAAUGUCAUGUUGUAAUGUUAAUGUAAAGUUGAAAUUUAUGUAAAUUGAGUUGUGAUGUUAUAUAUAUAUAUGUAGUUCAUAUUUUAAGAUAAAUGUUGUUGAUAUGUACUCAUGAAAACUGUGUUUUCAGCAUCUUGUAUAUACUAAAGAUUUCAAGGUGGAGGUAUAAAUUGCAGUGUGAACUUU